AUGGGAAAGAGCUGGUACGAUGCUCUUUCCUCAGAGUUCGGCAAACCAUAUUUUCGAAAGUUGAAGGAUUUCAUCCUCACCGAAAAUAAGUCUCAGACAAUAUAUCCUGCUGUACGAGAUAUCUAUUCGUGGUCACGUCUAACACCACUCCCAUCCGUCAAAGUCGUCGUAAUAGGCCAGGAUCCGUACCAUGAUGUAAAUCAAGCCCAUGGACUCGCUUUCUCCGUCUUACCCCCAACCAAGCCUCCUCCUUCCCUGCGCAAUAUAUACAAACAAAUGCAUGCCGACUAUCCAACGUUUGUCAUACCACGUACGGGGGAUCUAACACCUCUAGCCAAACUAGGAGUCCUCUUCCUGAACAGUUCACUUACCGUCCGAGCACAUAAAGCGAACUCUCACAGCAAAAAAGGUUGGGAGCAACUAACUACGGCUGCACUAAGGGCGGUCGCCCAUCGAGAAGACGCGCGCGUUGUUUUCCUAGCUUGGGGUGCACCUGCGCAGGCUACGUGUAAGGCUGUCGGGAUAGACGAGACGAGGCAUCUUGUACUAAAAUCUCCACACCCAUCGCCUCUUUCAGCGUAUCGUGGAUUUUUAGGCAAUGAACACUUCAAGAAGGCGAACGAGUGGUUAGAAGAGAAAUAUGGUCGAGAUGGUGGUAUUGAUUGGACCGCUCUUCGCGACUGA